AGUCACACCGUGGCUGGUGUGACAGUUGUCUACCCCGGAGCUUUCCUAAACAACUCGGACAUGGAUCGUUACACCUUUGUUUUCCGGGACCAAGGCAUCCCAAGUGCCGGCGAGGCGCCCUACUCGCUCUCGGCCAGCAACGAGCUGAUCCUCACGGGGUGUGAUGUGCAGGUGGUGAUGCUUGGGCACCGCAGCGACAACAACCAGGACAUACUUGGCAGAUGCAUCUCCUUAUGCACCGUCGACUUCGGUGAAGAGCCCGAAGUCAGCAACAUCACCCGCCGAGGGCGGCGCCGGAGCACCAACGGCAAGUAUUGCCACUGCACGGGCUGCUGCCAGACACACAUCUCCCAGGACUCAACAGGCGGCAUGCCCAAGCAAUUGAGCAUGCGUCCCCUCGUGGAGAAGAGCUGGUUCGCCGAGUCAUCGCAGCCCGCGCUGGCGUUUGUCGCCACGGAGGGGUGGUUCGAUAACCUGGGUUUCUCCGGCAAGCUGGACCCCGUCCAUAAGCAGCCACCGGCCAUUGAGGUGCAGGAGGUGCCCAUCAUUCUACAGUGGGAGGUCAUGUCCGAUAAACCCAACUGUAAUACAUCCGGCAAUAUCUGCAAGAAGCACAGCCGCUGCAAGGAAGGGGACAGAGGCUAUACAUGCCACUGCAAAGAUGGCUAUGACGGCAAUCCCUACACCAACGACGACCAAGGAAGCAAAGGCGUUGUAGUGGGCCUUGCCACUGCAGUGGGCCUCAUUAUUUGUGUUCUCCUUGGACACUUUGCCACCAAAAAAGUUAAACAUAGAAGGGCACUCAUGUUGAAACGGAAGUUCUUUGAGCAAAAUCGUGGGCAACUGCUACAACAAUUGGUAUCACAGAGAGCUGAUAUUGCUGAAAGAAUGAUUAUACCCUUAGAAGAGCUAGAGAAGGCAACAAACAAUUUUGAUAAAGCCCGUGAGCUUGGUGGUGGAGGGCAUGGUAUAGUCUAUAAAGGUAUUUUGUUAGACCUCCAUGUCGUAGCCAUCAAAAAACCAAACAAGGUUCUGCAGAGGGAGAUUGAUGAGUUUAUUAAUGAGGUUGCUAUCCUAUCACAAAUCAACCAUAGAAAUGUGGUAAAGCUCUAUGGUUGUUGCCUUGAAACAGAAGUACCAAUGUUAGUCUAUGAAUUCAUAUCCAACGGAACCCUUUAUGAUCAUCUUCACAUCGAUGGACCAAGAUCGUUGUCAUGGGAACAUAGGCUACGGAUCGCAAUUGAAACCGCCAAAUCUCUAGCUUAUCUUCACUCAACAGCUUUAGUACCCAUCAUUCAUAGGGAUGUGAAGUCAGUUAACGUGCUUUUGGAUGACACUCUAACAGCAAAGGUAGCAGACUUUGGAGCUUCAAGAUACAUUUCGGUUGAGAAAUCAGGGUUAACAACAGUGGUUCAAGGUACAAUAGGAUAUUUAGAUCCUAUGUAUUUCUACACGGGGCGGCUAACAGAGAAAAGUGAUGUCUACAACUAUGGUGUCAUGCUCGUAGAACUGCUGACUAGGAAGAAACCAUCUUCAUACUUGUCUUCCGAUGGGGAGGGCCUAGUUGCACAUUUUGUCACCUUGUUUGAAGAGGGAAAUUUGUCAGAUAUUUUAGAUCCACAAGUUACAGACGAGGGGGGCAAAGAAGUUGGAGAAGCCAUUGCACUUGCAAUAGCAUGCAUAAAACUAAGAGGAGAAGACCGUCCGGAUAUGAGGCAAGUGGAGUUGACGUUGGAAGGCCUUCGACCAAUAGUGGAGCACAGUUUGGCUGACGAAGCUGAGAUAGAUAGUAUUGUGACAAAUUCUCCUCUGGCCAUAGAUGGAAGAAGCAACGAGGGAUCGUCCAGAUAAUACAGUAUGGAGAGCUGACCAUACCUUCUAGGUAUCCUCAAUAGCAUUGCUUAAUCACAUGCAAGUUUGCCGUAGUUGCACUCACCAUGGGCAUUCACGGCAUUUGAUCUUUUGUUUCUUGUGUUGAUGUAGUUAGAAUGCCAU